UUAUUAAAAUUCCGCUCCCAGGACAAGGAGUUUGAAGAACAGAAAGGAGGUUUUGGUAAAUUCGGAAAAAAUCGCAUAGCUCGAUUGAAGCUUAUAUACUUUGAAAGAAAACAACUGUGAAAAGAAAACAUUGGAAUUGUGACUCAAAAGCAUGAUGUCCUGUCAGCAAAGUUGUUCUGACUCUGGAUCUGGAUCUGAGUCUGAUGUCAAGAGCCCAGAAAAGUAUGAGAGCACCACAAGGAGAAGGAUGGCAGCCAACGCCCGUGAGAGAAAGAGGAUGCAGGGCUUGAACACAGCCUUCGAUCGGCUCCGUAAAGUGGUCCCUCAAUGGGGUGAGGACAAGAAACUAUCCAAGUAUGAGACGCUGCAGAUGGCCCUCAGCUAUAUCAUGGCCCUCAAUCGGAUCCUGACGGAUGCAAGCAGGCACACUGCCCCCCACAGGCAGUGGCUGGAUCUCCAGUUUGACUGUGUCCAGCCUGAGAACUAUCCUUGCCUUAUGAGGUACAGCUCUCCAGAUGAAAAUGAAUAUAUGCACUCUUCAUUUCCCUACCAGUGUGAUGGCCUCCAAGUGCCAUCCUGAACUGGGUGG